AUGGCUAGUCCUACCGUUCUUACCUUUGACGCUGAGGGACGUGCAGUUGACUUUGACGUGUGGGUUGACGACCUCCAGCACUUUCUUCAGUGUGAUUCUAGGGAUGGGUUGUCCCUUUUUUAUCACACGUCCGGUGUUUCUACUGCUCCUACUGCCAGUGCUGACAGUACGUUGCUCACCUUCGCACUAGUGACGCCCGCUACCCGCGCUGCCCUUCCCACUGAGUUCUGUGCCAAGAAUCCCCCCCCCAUGUACAUCACCCUUUACUACCUACUCACCCGCCUCCCUGACUCACUUUCUUCAGUCAGGGACCACUUUCUCUCCCUUUGCCCCACCAAGCUGACUGUCGACCUGCUAGAGGAGCGCCUUACUACAGCUGAGAAGAGUAUCUUAGCUGUAGGAGGUUGGAGCUGCGUCUUGCCCCUAGUGGGAGACGCCGCAACAGCAGGGGCAAGGGGAUCAAGGGUGGUGGAGGGGGCGGCGGGGGGGGUGGUGGAGGAGGUGGAGGAGGCGGAGGGGGGUGGCGGUGGAGGUGGGGGUGGUACCGGGAGUGGGGGCUUCAGAGGCGGCGGUGGAGGUGGUGGAGGCAGCGGCGGAGGUGGAGGAGGCAGCAGCAGCGGUGGUGGAGGUGGCGGCGGGCGGUGUGGUGCUGGUCGAGGUGCAGCCGCGCAGCGUGGAGGCUUUGGUGGUAGCCAGCGCCAGCAGCAGCCGCGCUCCCGUGAGACUCCGUCGGUCCAGCAGCUUCGUGAGUGGUACGCUGGGCAUGGGAGGUUUGGGGGUGCUGGUCCCUGCACUUACGUUCUUCGCUCCAGCACUCGUAGUGGGGAGGUGUGUGGGCUCCCACACACUACGCAGCGCUGCUUCGGUCGCUUGACUGACGCUUGGCGUGCCCAGUUUCCUGACGCCGUUGAGCUCCCUCGCUGGCAUGAUCCGCUUCUGCAGAAUGUGCCUAUCUUUAAUCUUGACUUCGAUGCUAUCCUUGCUGCCAUGUAUGCUAUUGCUGAUAGUGCUGAGGGUGACUGUUACCUGCGUGUCCCGCCCGACCCGGGCAUUGCGGCUGCUGCUCUAGGUGCUAGUGCGUCUGCUGCUCCAGGUGCUGGUGCGUCUGCUGCUCCAGGUGCUGGUGCGUUUGCUCUCUCUGGUACAGCACCUACUGAGUCCUUGCACACUUUCACACUUGACUCUGGUGCUUCGCGCUCUUUCUUUAGAGACAGCACCAUGCUCACGCCGCUCCGUCGGCCUGUUGCGGUCUCCCUUGCUGACCCCUCCGGGGGCCCAGUACUUGCACACUCCUCCACGGUUCUACCGUGUCCUGCGGCCCUGUUGGGCUUGCUGUCGGGACUCCACCUCCCCUCGUUCUCUACGAACUUGGUGAGUGGAGCUGACCUCCAGGACGCGUGGGUUGACCAGUUCACCCCUGGAGGUCUAGUCCUGCGUCUGCCCCCUGCUCGUGUCGUCCUCUGGCACACGAGACUCUCCUUUGGCACCACCACCUUGGUCACCCCUCCCUGCCUCGUCUUCGAGGGCCGGCAGCGCGCCGCUCCUCACUCCUCCUCGUUCCCUCCGACUGAGGCCCCUUUGCAGACUCUUCACAUGGACGUGUGGGGCCCAGCCCGCGUCCGUGGACAGGGUCACCAGCGCUACUUCGUGCUGGUCGUUGACGACUACUCGCGUUACACCACUGUCUUCCCCUUGCGCAGCAAGGACAAAGGUGGGGAGUUUUCCUCCGACCUCCUGAGAGCCUUCUGUCGUUCGGAGGGCAUCCGCCAGACGUUCACGCUUCCGGCCUCCCCGCAGCAAAAUGGGAUUGCUGAGCGCCGCAUUGGCAUGGUCAUGGACGUCGCUUGUACGUCCAUGAUCCAUGCGGCUGCUCCCCAUUUUCUGUGGCCGUUCGCGGUUCAGUACGCUGCGCAUCAGAUCAACCUUCAGCCUCGUGUCUCCUUGCCGGAGACCACACCUACUCUGCGGUGGACGGGGAAGGUUGGCGAUGCGUCCGCGUUCCGUGUCUGGGGAUCUCGAGCUUUUGUCCGCGAUACUACAGCGGACAAGCUGUCCUCCCGUGCCGACGUCACGUUUGACGAGUCGAUGUCGUACUACCGUCUCUUUCCCUACCGCACUGCCUCUCCCCCCCCCCCGCCGCUCUUCCUGGCACCAGGUACUCCCCCGGUAGACCCCCUCCCCCCCCAGGGUCCUGCCCCCUCAGGUGUGUCCCAGGUAGACCCUGCCGAGCCGGUCGAGGUAGCUGUCGACUCAGGUGCUGAGUCUGGGGGUGCUGAGCCUGCGGGUGCGGGGACUGGGGGUGCUGAGUCUGGGGGUGCUGAGUCUGGGCGUGCUGAGCCUGGGGGUGCUGAGCCUGGGCGUGUGGAGCCUGAGGGUACUGUGUCUGGAGGUGCUGAGCCCGCGCGUGCUGCGUCUGGAGGUGCUCUAGGUGUCCCGCCGCAGCGGGAGCCUCUCUCUCAACAGCAGCUUCGUGAGUGGUACUCUCGGCGCUGUCGGGGUGCUGCUGGAGCUACUGGAGGUACUACUGGGGCUUCUGGAGGUGUUGCUGGUGCUGGUGCUGCUGGAGGUGCUGCUGGUGCUGGAGGUGCUGAUGGAGCUUCUGGAGGUGCUGCUGGUGCUGGUGCUGCUGGAGGUGCUGCUGGUGCUGGAGGUGCUGCUGGAGCUCCUGGAGGUGCUGCUGGUGCUGGUGCUGCUGGAGGUGCUGCUGGUGCUGGUGCUGAUGGUGCUGGUGCUGCUGGAGGUGCUGCUAGUGCUGGGGCUGCUGGAGGUGCUGCUGGUUCUGGAGCUGCUGGAGCUGCUAGAGGUGGUGCUGGUGCUAGAGCUGCUGGAGGUGCUGCUGGUGCUGGAGCUCCUGGAGAUGCUGCUGGGACUAGAGACCCUGGGGCUAAGGGUACCGGUUCUGUCUCUGCUGUUUCUGGAGGCGCUGUGCGGCCGCGUCCGUACUACGUUCCGCUUCUUCAGCAGGUUCUUGACUCCCAGCCUUCUCCUGGUCCUCCUCCUCCUUUACGGAGUCCACCACCUGUCCAGUCUCAGUCGCGGUUCCAGCCAGCCUCUCCACUGCCUGGUCCUUCUCCUUACUCUGGACCGACUAGAGGUCUUACAGAGCGUCGUGAGCCUGAGUCUCGUCCUGUGUCACCUGAGUCUCGUUCUGCAUCGCCUGUCCGUCCUGUUCGCGCUGAUCGUGUUUCGCGUCCGCGUCCUUCUCCUGUCCCUGGCACUCACUCUAUGACUCUGCGUCCUUCCACUGCUGCACAGCGUGUCCCUCUGCCGUCUUCUCCUGCGUCCUCUCUUCCUGCCGGUCUGGACCCUGCGUCUGACUCCCUACGUGUUGCUAGUCCAGUUGUCACGCGUUUCCUGGCCACUGCUGUUACUGACCCUUCGUUUGAGUCCACUGCUGCGUCUGCUCUUGUUACUGAGCUUGUUGACUUUGCUGCAGCCUGUCGCCUAGACUACGCCGCUAGUCUUGUUACAGAGUCUGCGUCUGUGUCUGUCUGUCCUCCGUCCGUCGGGGGUGAGUGUGCUCUUGGCACGGACGUUCUUGAGGACAGACAGGAGGAGUUCGAGUGCUUUGCUGCUUCUGUACCUCAUCUCGUGUCCAUGCUGCUUGCCCCUGAGGGAGACCCGGAUGCACCAGAUAUCCUGAACCCACGCUCUUACGCAGAGGCGAUAGAGGGUCCCUACUCCUCUCAGUGGCAGGCAGCCAUGGACGCCGAGAUGGCUUCCUGGAAGUCCACAGGCACCUACGUCGACGAGGUUCCCCCGCCUGGGGCGAACAUCAUCAGUGGCAUGUGGAUCUUCAGGGUGAAGCGGCCGCCAGGUUCUCCGCCUGUCUUCAAGGCGCGUUACGUUGCACGAGGCUUCAGUCAGCGACAGGGAGUUGACUUCUUUCAGACCUUCUCCCCUACCCCGAAGAUGACCACUCUUCGGGUACUGCUGCACGUAGCUGCUCAGUGUGACUACGAGCUCCACUCGCUUGACUUCAGCACAGCCUUCCUACAGGGCAGGCUGCACGAGGAGAUCUAG